AUGGCUACUUCUCUUGACCUCCAAACACUAGAACAAUACUGUGAGACACUCUACAACCCACCCAACCCUUCAGGGCGGAUCCAGGCCGAAAGUCUCCUCAACUAUCACUUCCCAACCUUCAGCAAUACCAAUGGCUACAACGCCAACGGUGCUGGGUCUGAAUCAGUGCAAGGAGUCGGCCACCGCGUUUUGGGGAUCCGUCUUUUGACGGCUGUUGCAACAGAAAUGAAUCUCCCAGGGACCAAGAAUGUUGUCAAGCACAGGAAGGCAGCUGUCGGGUUCAGGGAUGCUCAACUACUUCCCAUCUUCCAAGCAGCCCUUAGCAUGCUCCAAAGCGUGCUCCAGAGCCAGCAAUCAGAUCCUCAAACGGAGAAACUGAAAGAAGCCCUGAUGCUCCUGAUGAAAGCGUGUCUGGCGUUCGAUUUUAUCGGAAGUUCGUACGAGGAUUCAUCGGAAGAUAUGGGUAGUCUUCAGAUUCCAACGACAUGGAGGCCUGUCUUUGAAGAGUCGGGAUAUCUGGACAUUCUGUGGGAGAGCUGGAAGACAUUCGCCAGUCCUGUCUCUGUUCUGGUCAUGGAGUGCCUUUCUCAGGCAGCAUCAAUUCGGCGAUCACUCUUCUCCGGAGACGACUCGCGACAUGCUUAUAUCUAUCGGUUCAUGCAGGAGAUCAUGCAGACCCUUACUACUGCUGCGGGACAAAAUAAGCUGCAGGAUUUGGGCAAUUAUCACGAGUUCUGUCGGAUGCUCUCGCGCUUCAAAAUGACAUAUCAACUUUCGGAGGUCAGCGGUUACAAAGACAUUCAGCAAUGGCUCUCGGCGGUCGGAGAAUUCACAGCUCAGGGAUUCUUGUCAUGGAAGGUAUGGAGGUCGCUAUGA